AAAAUCCAUAUUGAACGUAAAAGUUCCCGGAAGUAAUUUUGGUAAACACACGUUUGCAUUUUGUUAUGCUGUUGUGGCAUGCAAGUUACCCUUUUCUAAACUAUGCCGAAACUCUUUGCGAUAAAAUUUACAGAAAAAUCUAAUACGGGAGGAUUUUGGUCUGCCAUUGAUGUUUGGAUAAAGAAACCACACGUUGUGAACAAACGUCUUUGUGGAGUCAAAGAGACACAGAGUAAGAAUGUUGGCUGUGAAGAACUUAGAAACAUUCUGCUAACUCAUGGAAGUGAUACUUCAGAGUCCAAGGAUGUUCUUACUUUCUUGAAUAGUGGCGUUGAACUCGAACAUGACCAGGAGAGACUGUGGUCUUUUUGUGUGAGGACAUUCAUUCCUAAAGUAAACUGUUAUGGCACAACUGUACAUAAAGAUAUUAUACUCAAAGACUUUAACACUCAAAGAGUAAGCUUCUUACCAGUUGAAGAGAGUGAGGAAGGGACUGCCUCUUUACGGAAGAACAACAUCUAUCAGAUACAUCUCCUGGCUGAGAAGGGUGAUGAAUGGACACUAGAGUUACAUCUCAUGCGGCCUGAUGACUGGUUCAGUGACGGGGUGGCCUACCCCAAACUGCCCUGGCUCAGUGGGGAGCUCCUGCCCAAACUGGUGCGCUGGGCCACGGAGAGUAAGACCAGUGAGUUCAAGAGCACCCUGUCUCUCCUGCCAGUAGAGAAGUACAGCAUCAUGUACCAACAGCUGAAAGACAAGUACAAGGAGAUGGUCAAGGUAUGGCCUGAAGUGACGGAUCCAGAGAAGUUUGUCUUUGAAGAUGUUGCCAUCGCUACCUAUCUUUUGGUCCUAUGGGGUGAGGAGCGAGCGGUGAAGGGUCUGACCGUCAAACAGUCCUUUGUGGAUCUUGGUUGUGGAAAUGGUCUCCUGGUUCACAUUCUAAGCAACGAAGGGCACCCUGGAAAGGGCAUCGACGUGAGGAAAAGGAAGAUCUGGGAUAUGUACGGCCCCCAAACACAUCUAGAGGAAACGGCAAUCACUCCCGGUGAUGGCUUCUUAUUCCCGGGCACAGACUGGCUGAUUGGAAACCACUCGGACGAGCUCACACCAUGGAUCCCCGUUAUAGCGGCCAGGUCAUCCUUCUCCUGCCGGUAUUUUGUCCUGCCGUGCUGCUUCUUUGACUUCUAUGGGAAGUACCAGCGGAGACACUGUAAGAAGUCCCAGUAUAAGGAAUACAUUGACUUCAUCUCUGAGGUCAGCACAGCCUGUGGGUUCAACACAGAGGAGGACUGCCUGAGAAUCCCCUCCACAAAGCGGGUGUGUCUGGUAGGAAAGUCGAGGAGCUACCAGCUGUCGGAUGAGCCGCAGGCAGAGGAGGGGAGAGACAAGUAUAUACAGGGUCGUCAGCCCUGCUCCGGGGUCACAGUUCGAGAGUCAAAUGCCGAGGAUGAAGCCGAGCACCACCACGACCACUCAGAGACUGACAGGAUCCACGGCACCAACUGGGGAGCUGGAUUCCAGCCCCGAGAGAGGAUCGAGACAGUGCGGAACUGUGCUGCCCUUCCCCGGGACUUUGUAGAUGGUAUAGUCCUACGUGUGGCUACCUCUCUGCUGGGGUUGACCAAGGACGGAGGUGGGGAUGUCCCCGGCACCUGGAACAUGGGAGGCAGGCUGUCCGUGAGAGAGGUGGCUGAGUUGUUGGAGCAGGAGACUCUGCAGGUCCUGAAGAAAGAAUGUGGCGGUCUGCAGACCCUGCUCAAGAACAACCACCAGGUCUUCAGAGUGGAAGGUGGUAUGGUCCAUAUCCGGGACUGGCGGGUACAGGCCCAGAGGCCUAGAGGGCUGCAGGGUACAAGGGCUGAUUCUAAGCGGAAGCACCUAAUCUCUGGUGCCCUGAAGACCCGGGCCUGCUGGUUCCACGUCCACCACCCUCACGGAUGCCCACUGCAGGCCGAGGAGUGUGCCUUCGCCCAUGGCCCAGACGAUCUCCGACCUUCCACCAGACCACUCAAGAAAAUGAAGUACUCCAAUUGAACACGCAAUUCAGUUUGGACCAUUAUCGCAAUGUUUUAUUUCAAUUGUACUAUUUUUUUUUUUUUUUAGAUGUGUUGAUGCUGUGAUAUGAUGCUACAAGAAUAGCUGUGACUGUCAGUCA